GUUUCUUUUUGUCGCAUGAUCUACCAAUGGCAAACUUGCUUAGGUAUCGAGCUGUUUCUUGAGACGUCUAUAAAAACAUACUUCGAGGACAGGUAGCCUACGAUCGCUCUUUUCAGCUUUACUGAAAAGGUACUUCGGUGCUAUCACGGACAUAAAAGAAUGUCAUGCAGCCAUCCCCAGAUCCAGUGUAUAUUCUUCGAGGUUCAUCUAGUCCAGUUACAUCUCUGCAUUUUCUACCCAUUUUGACCAACACCUUGUUAUCAGGAAAUCAAGAUGGCAAAGUUUAUGUUUGGGAUUUAAAGACACGGCGUAUACAGCAGAAAAUAAAUGCCCAUUUGGAUUCAGUUUUGCAAGUAGAAGCUUCACCUGUUGCAGACUCACUGCUGACACACGGAAGAGAUGGUUAUGCCAGGAUAUGGAGGACAGGAGAAGCAGCUUUUACAUGCACAGAUCAGAUACAAGUUUCAUCAAAAGGCUUCUGUGCUGCAAAGAUGCUUCCACAAACUGGAAAAUCUUAUUUAAUAGUUCUGCCUGGAGAAUCUUCAUCGGUAACAGUGUACGACAGCAGUACAAAGCAAUUGGUGAGAGAGCUGGUACCACCUUCUACCAAACUGGGCAUGUGCAUGUGCAUGCAACCUGUAUUAGACUCAACAGGGAGUGCCUGGGGUUUGCUUGUGGGCUACGAGAGUGGAAGUCUUCUGCUUUGGGAUGUUGUGUCUGGAAAACUCUUAUCAGAACUGAUGUUACACAGCGAUGCUGUGAUGUGUUUUAAAUAUUCCUCAUCUGCCAACAGAGGGUUUUCAGGGUCAGUUGAUAAUCAGCUGUUAGAGUGGACAAUUUCUGCAGAAAAUGAAAACAAGAUGUCUUUGAUUGAUAAGACUGUAGUUACAAAUCAAGGUUUUAAUGAUAUAGUUAUCAGGUGUGAUAAUAAGAUAGUGGCAACAGCAGGAUGGGAUAGUAAUGUUCGUGUAUUUAGUACAAAAAAGCUUAGGCCAAUUGCAUUGUUAUCCUUCCAUAGAGGAAGUGUAAAGGCUUUGAGUUUUUCAUGUGAUGGUCUUCUAGCUGCAGGGUCUGAAGACAGAUUAAUUUCAGUUUGGGAUGUUUAUAGAUCAUAGCUUUAAGCAUCCAAAUUUACUUUACAAGAUAACUGUUCAAAAUCAAUGUUUUUCACUGUUUAAAUCUGCUAUUUAGUAAAUUAGGAUAUGUAAAACUAAUCAUUUAUUGGAAAAAAAUAUCGGUGUGCAGUUCUUUUCUUUUUUAAUAGCAAUCAAGUUAUUUGAUUUCUAAACACUUUUAUUUUCAGAUAAUGCUCUACAAAGAUGAUGAACUGUGUAAAACUAAUAGUUUUGUAAUAAAAAAAUAUUUGCUUCAUGGCAACAAG